AUGUUUUUAUCAACUCAAAAAAAAUUAAUUGAAUCAACACAAAAUAAGGACAUUCUUUGCAAAAUAGAAGAUGUGUGCCUCCAAGUGAUUAUAUCCCUUACACAGAACAAGACUCCAGAACUGGUGUUUCCACGCCACUCAGACUGGAAUCAGUUAAAAUUUAAGGAAACAGUUGUCAUCGACACAAGCUCUGACAAUGUUCCUAUGACUAAAGUAAAGCUUGACAGUCCACAGUCCGUGAAGAAAUUUGCUACCAUGCUGAAAAUUUUGAACAUUAUCUACACUCUGAUUCAGGAAGAUCGAUUUUGCACUAAAAGAGACAUUUUCUACCAGUAUCCAGAUUUAUAUCAGCGGCAGUCGUCUGUGGAUCUGAUCAUUGAUGACAUCGCCUGCAUGUUGAAAAUUCCUAGAUGGCAGCUUCAUAUUCUAGCUACCAGUAAAGGUCUUGUAGCAGGAAACUUGCAGUUUGAAGAUGCCAAGGGUACACAGAUAGACUGUCAGCAUGCCACACAGGGUGUUCAAAUAGCUGCUCAUACCAAAGAUAUGCAGAAUAUUCAGACACAAGCUAACUUUGUUUUGGUGGUAGAAAAAGAUGCAACAUUUCAAAAGUUGAUGAGCAGUAAUUUCUGCCAGAAAAUGGCACCUUGUAUUCUGAUAACUGGCAAAGGUUUCCCUGAUAAUGGAACUCGACUCAUGUUGAAGCAGCUUUGGAUGACAUUCAAACUGCCCAUAUUUUUACUUGUGGAUGCUGACCCACAUGGCAUUGAAAUCAUGGCAGUGUACAAGUAUGGCUCAAAGCGUCAGGCAUAUGAUAACAUUCAUCUUGCUGUGCCAACUAUUGAGUGGAUAGGGAUUCUGCCUGAAGACAUCCACAGACUUCAUAUACCUGAAUCAGCCCUCAGUGCCAUGUCGGACAGGGAUCUUCAGAAGUGUGUCUCCCUGAAACGCAGGCCAUAUUUUUGUCAUGAUGAAACUAUGCUUGCUCAGAUUGACUUGCUUCUGGAGAUAAAGAAGAAAGCAGAGAUUCAGUGUCUUGAUGCAGUCAGUUCUCAUUACUUAUGUGAUGUCUAUUUACCAUCUAGACUCUCACUUGUCAUGUUUUCAACAUCAGUUUAA